AUGGUACCCUCGGGGUGCUACGAGUCAUGUAGGAUCUUCAAUAUUUCCCUUCAGAUGACCUACAAAAUCGGCUCUGCUAUUAUACGCUUUCCUUUACCUGGUGCUACCAUGUUCCCCGAAGAAAAGCUUCAAUGUGAAGUCGCUAUCAUGCGAUACAUUUCUGACCAGACCUCAAUCCCGGUGCCAUUCAUCUAUCACUGGGGCUCAAAAGAAUCAUGUCCCCUGGAAUUUGGCCCUUUUAUUAUCAUGGAAUAUAUCGAACAUGACUCGAGCAUGUACGAUCUUCUUAAUACCCUGGGGUGCCCGGACGAUGCAAGAGGAAGGCUGAACCCCGAUAUCGACGAGGAUAACCUCGGAGCUCUAUAUCGGGAGCUGGCUAGCGUUCUUCUAGAACUUUCAAAACCAUCGUUCUCGCAGAUCGGGUUCCUCGGCCAGAUUGAUGAUUUCACUUGGGAGGUAACGAGUCGUCCUCCAUCAGGCGUCAACGAGCUUAUUCGAGUGGGCUCCCUACCUCAAUCGAGUCUACCCAGCUACGAGACAAUAUUCGACUCAAUGUCCUCAUACUUCGAAUUCCUUGCAGAACUUCACAUCGCUCAUCGCAAAAACCAAAGAAAUGAUGCGAUCGAGUCUGCUGACGAUUGCCGACGGAAGUUCGUCGCUAGACACCUCUUCCGAAAACUAGCGCAUGAACGGAAGCUCACUGAGCGAUGGGAACCAUUCGACAAAGGCUCGUUCAAAAUCUGGUGCGAUGAUUUCCGCCCAGCCAAUGUUCUUGUCAAUGAUGCCAAGAAAAUCGUGGGCAUCAUGGAUCUUGAAUUCACAUACGCGGCUCCGAUCGAAUUUACCUACGCGUCGCCUUAG